AUGUCGACGACAAUCACCGCCUCAUCGACAAAGAUACGUUCUGACAUUGUCACCAAACUGAAAGAAGAGUUCCCUAUGACCGAUGCUGGAACAAUCAACUCCUUCCUCGGAAUCUCGGCCAAGUUCAACGACAAAGGCCUAUUUCUCAGUCAAGGGAGAUACGCGGAGGAGAUAAUUGAAAGAGCAAACAUGAAGGAAUGCAAUCCCUGCGCAACACCCGUUGACUUGAAGCAGAAGUUAUCAGACAAAGAAGGCAGUCCAGUGAAAGACCCUACUCAAUAUCGUAGCCUCGCAGGAGCCCUACAAUAUUUAACCUUCACUAGACAGAUAUGUCUGUUUAUGCACGACCCACGGGAACCUCAUCUCGCAGCCUUGAGACGGAUCGUACAGUACCUCCAAGGGAUAAAGCAACACGGCCUUCAACUCCUCAAGCAUCAGAAGAUGAACAUGACUGCAUACUCUGAUGCCGAUUGGGGAGGCUGUCCCGACACACGUCGCUCAACAUUCGGCUUCUGCAUUUACUUGGGAGACAAUCUUGUUUCACGGUCCGCUAAGCGCCAACCAACUGUCUCAAGAUCAAGUGCUGAAGCAGAGUACAAAGGUGUGGCUAAUGCAGUUGCAGAAACGUAUUGGAUACGCAAUCUCCUACUCGAAAUGGACUGUCCUCUACAGAAGGCUACGUUAGUGUACUGUGAUAACAUCAGUGCAGUCUAUCUAUCUUCAAAUCCAGUCCAACAUCAACGCACCAAACACAUAGAGAUUGACAUACACUUUGUUCGCGAGAAGGUUAAAAUGGGUCAGAUACGUGUACAUCGUUACAGUAUGCUGACAUAUUUACAAAAGGACUACCAUCAACUCUCUUCAACUCCUUUCGGUCCAGUUUAG